ACUCAACCUUCUGGAGUCUCUGUCCUUGACCCUGAGUAAACUGGCCCUAGGAAAGCACAGGGACCAGGGAAAGAGACUGAAAAAGUGGAUCAGGCCCUGCAGCAGCAUUUCAGAUUCAGUGUUAUGCUCGGGCAGGCAGGCGUGGAGUCCCCAGUUUACUCUCUGUGACUGGGACACAGCUGGCUUUGAAUAAGAACAUUAAAUAUACAGCACCAUAGUUUGGUCUUGGGCCUGGCCUCCGGCCGGUGGCGCCCAGCCAUUCGUCUCCGCCAGCCAAGGCCUGGCCCUGGUUUCCGCUACACCGGGAAUGUCCAACAGCUCGCAGUCACACCUGUUAGGUGUUUCUCCACUCCGCGUCUCCGCCCAGCUAGCAACCCCCGCACCGCCUGGGACCCGGGUGCAGAGCGGGUGAAAAAGGACCGAGAAGUGGGACCCGGCCUUCUGAAAUAGACCCCCCCGAGACUCGGGACUCGGCGCGCCAGGCCGGCGCGGGGAGGGGGGCCUGCGAAGGCGGGAGAGGUCGGACAGGGGUAAGGGAAGGCCUCGGGAAGGGCCGUUACUGCUCGCGUUACGCUUCCAGAGCCUGCGGCAGAGGCGGCGGGGCUGAGCCGCCUAGGGGAUGGUGCUCGUACCAGCCUCUGCGUUUCUCCUCGAAGCCCGGCCUCGCCUCCCCUCGCCCAGCCGCCGCUCUAGUUAGGCCGCGCAGAGUAAGCGCGGGCGUCGCCGGCCGCACGUCGCCCGGGACUGGUGAGGAGGGCGCGGCAGGGGCAAGGCAGGGGACUCUGCAAGCCAGGCGGCCCUAGCAUCCCCCAAGCGCACAAACCCCGGCUGUACGGGACCGCGGCCCGGACCGCGACCAGGACGGAGCUCCCCGCUCGCCCCCCGGAGACCGGCAGCGACCGGGAGGCAACGCGGGGCUCCGCCGCUCGACUCGCAGCUCCGCGCACCCGGCGGCCGCGACGCGGGUUCGGGCGCCCGAGUGGCCUCCGAGCCCAUGGCGGGCAGCGACGUGGACAGCGAGGGGCCGACACAGAGGGGCGGCGCGGUGCGGCGUCCGGGGCCCCCCAGCGGGCUGGGAAGCGAGGCGGCCGCCCGCUGCCCGGAGCCGCUGUCCACUGCUGAAGCGUCGGCCGAGGGCACCGCGCUGCCCGCCUGGAUGCGCCUCUACUUCUAUGGGAUGCACGGGAUCACCCUGGACGUACUGGUGUCCUCGGCGCGGCGCUUCGCUCGCAGCCCGGACCUCCGGAUGUUAGGCUUCUCUUCGCCCUACCGCUGUCUCCUGCACUCGCUCACCCACUUCGCCCUGGAGAAGAUCUACCUGCAGCAGCCGCGCUGCCCCAGCGCCUUCGUCUUCAAUUUUUUCCUUUACCCCUCGGCCCACGUGGGGCUGCAGACCCUGGCCGGCCAGGCGCUACUGCUCAGCCUGGGUGACGGGCCGGGGGGCGCGGCGGCGCCGGGGGCGCUUGACCUGGCGCUGCAGUACGUGCUGGCGCUCUACCACUGCCAAGUGUUCCUGAAACGCUUCCUGCGCUUGAGAUACCGGCGGCAGCAGCAGCAGCAGCAACAGCAGCGGAGGGGCGCCCUCCCUGCCCCUCCUGGAGCCCGGGCCCCUUCGGGAGCCAGUGGCCGGCGGCGACGACCCCGCUGCCCCAAGGGCGCAGUAGGAGCCCCUAACCAGGGGCUACCAGACCUGCUCCGUUUUCUUUUCUUCGGAAUGCAUGGAUUUUUGGAUGAGAUCUUCUUUACCUUCUUCUUUAAUGUGCUAGGACACGGGGAUGGGGCAACCAAUGGUCACACGUCGUUAUGGUCCUUUUUUAUGUAUGGCAGCUGCAGUUUUGUGGUGGAAAAGCUCUACUUCCACCUCCACUACAGCCGAGGCUGGGGCACCUGGAAGCGGGUACCCAUCUACGUGAUCUUCAUCUAUGCUUGGGAAUUGUCCUGGGGUCUGGGACUUCGCACGUGUGGGGCUUGUUCCUGGGACUAUUCUCACUACCCGCUCAAUUUUAUGGGUCUCAUCACCCUGAUGUAUUUACCUGGCUGGAUAUUCCUUAGUGUGUACCAGGACCUGCUUUCCAACGUGUUGUGGCGGGUGCAGUAUGUACCAACUAACUAAGACCCCGGGAAAUAAGAAAAAAAAAAAUAAAGAGAAGAGAAAAAGUCAUUGGAGUCCCACAAAUGGACGCAAAUUAUUUUUACACUUAAAAUGAAGUGGGUUUUUUUUUAAGUCCUUUAAUUUUUAUACACUUUACUAAACGCUUCCAAUAGAUUUUAUUCGACGUCUUAGCUUUUCUGACUACUUAGAACCUAUGUAAAAUACAAUACUUUGAAAAACUCAAAAAUAAAGUACUUAACUCAUUGAUAUUUUAAACCUUUACAAGCCCAAACAGCAAAACCAUUAUACCUUAACAUGGGAAAGCUGUAAUACUCGGCUGGAUGUAGAUGGGUGAUAGCUGUUAUUUUUUUCUUUUAUAAUAUGGAAGUUCAAACCAGAGAACAAUGAUUUUUACGGAAUUUUUUUUUAAAUUCUGAUUUAAUGGUUUGUUUAAUUGCUUUCUAAUCCAAUUUCAUUUUCACUCUUUACCAUAUUUACCAAUGAUGGUGGAAACUAUAAGUCUGGUACUUACGAAGUUGCAGUUGGUAGCUCUUUAAAGUGCCUCUGUCUUGCACACAUAAAAAGAAUUUGACAAAUGUGAAAAAAAAAGAAUACUAUGAAUAUAUUUUGAAAUAAGAAAUCUUUUCUAGUAACUCAAACAGGUGACACUGUGUUAGGAUAUUUGAUCACAUCCUACAAAUGACUGUUUUCCAAUGUUUGUUAGCCUUAAUUACCAAGCCUAUCAAUGUUGAUUGGAUCCUGUAUUAUCUGUGGCUGUAUUUUUGUUACUGUGCAAUAAUAUAAAUUGUUUACCCUAUAUGUCCAAGGGCCAAGUAAAGUUAACACUACCCAAGCUUCAAGCAUAGAAACACAGUAUCUUGAAAUAAAAUGAACCUGAAUGUUCACUCUAAUAACA